AUGGCGAAUCGACGUUGUAUUCAAAACCUAAAUCGUCAUCUCCAAUUCCUAAGAACCCGAGCUCCGCACCUGAAUCCCCAAUUUCUUGCGCCUACCUCGAAAUACACUCCCCACUCCGCCUCGACUCCCAAAUCACUACAUCGCUUAUUCAACAGUAAUGAUAUUAACGCACAGAGUGUAUUUUUCCGGCACUUCUGUUCCAAAAAUCGAAAUGAUGAUACUGACGAAGAAGAAGAUGAGGAUGAUGAUUACGAAAGUGAAGGAGAAGACAGAGAGAGUGCGGAUGAUGAGAGGGAAAAUGAAAGAGCUGUAUUGUCUCCCGAGGAUAAAGAAAAAGAGGCAGCGGAAAUCGGGUACAAAGUAGUAAGUCCGCUUCAAAAGUCUGACCGGGUCUUCAAACCAUACGAACCGGUUUUUGCUGUGGUUCAGAUUGGGUCACAUCAGUUUAAGGUGAGCAAUGGGGAUUGCAUAUACGCAGAGAAAUUGAAGUACUGCGACGUUAAUGACAAGUUGAUCCUCAAUAAGGUUCUUAUGUUGGGAUCAAAAACUCAAACAAUCAUUGGUCGACCAAUUUUGCUGGAUGCUGCUGUUCAUGCUGUUGUUGAGGAGCAUGCACUAGAUGCGAAAGUGAUCAUAUUUAAGAAAAAGAGAAGGAAGAAUUAUAGAAGAACCAAAGGACAUCGCCAGGAAUUGACAAAAUUGAGGAUAACAGAUAUAUCAGGGAUUGAGAAGCCAGAAAAUAUGCCAUCUUUGAAGACGGAGAAGAAAGAGAAGAUACCAUCUUUGAAGACGGACAAGAAAGAAAAGCAAGAAAAGAUACCUGUUGCAGCUUAA